UCUGGUUGAGUCAAGUUUUUUGCGUUGUUGUCAAGGAUCCAACGGUUCAUUAUUUUGAAAAGAUUGUUUGGUGUUAAUCUAGCUUUAAAUUUUCGUUUUGUGUGUGCAACUAUUUUUUGUGCUAGAAGUGUUAUGGUUCUUUUGAGUGUGUGCUGGGAGGUGUAUGAUCCGGAGUAGUCCGACACCUUUGGCGCCACUAGACGAGGAUCUCAACCGCACUCUUCGACACUUGGCUCAUGAGAGGGAACUAGCGGAGGCAAGAAGGAGGAUAGAAGAGGAAGUUGUAGUUGAGGAAGGGGUUGAUUCCGAAGAGGAAGGAAGUGUAGCCGAGAUGGCGGAUAAUCAACCCGCUCAAGGAAGAGUGGCGGCAGAGGAGCAACCGAGCACCAUGGGCUAUUACAUGGCUCCAAGGCUGGCAGAUAUUCAACCUGCCAUUCGACAUCCACCCAUGGCCGCCAACAAUUUUGAGAUCAAGCCCUUGUCACCAUGAUUCAAAACAAUGCCCUAUUCCAUUGGCUUAGCAACGACUCUCCAAGGGAGCAUGUUCAAAAUUUCAUUGAGCUUGCGGGGAGUUUGAAGAUCAAUGGUGUCCCCGAGGAUGCUUUGAAGUUGAGGCUAUUCCCCUACUCUCUUGAGGGUAACGCGUCUCAGUGGCUCAACAAUAGGACAAAGUUUAUGACUUGGUAUUGCCCACCAUUAAAGACGACGGAGUGGCAGUAGAAAAUCCCCCAUUUUGAGCAAGAGGAAGAUGAAACAUCGAGGGAUGCUUGGGAAAUGUACUUUGAUUACUUCCUCCACUACCCACAUCAUGGAUUCGAGGAGAAAUUCCGGAUUGAUACGUUCUAUGAAGGUCUCAACCAAGAUGACAAGAUCCUCAUUGACUCCUUAGGUCAAGGGAAAUUGAUGAACAUGACUCCACCCCAAGUGAUCGAGUUGCUCGAAGACAUGGCAAGUAAAGGGUAUGAUUGGGGCUUGACAAGAAGUGGAUAGAGAAGUUCCCCAAGGGGAGUGCAAAGUAUAAGAGUGAUUCCCCUGCUUGAAGCCAAGAUUGAUCGUUUGAUUGAGGCACUCUUAGAGGACAAGAAGCAUGGGAAGAGGCUGGUGAUGGCGUGUGAUUGGUGCUCAAGUACCAACCACAACAUUUCAUAUUGUCAAAUUGUGAAGGAAUCAAGCACAGCCGAUGAGAAAGUGAGUUUCAUUGUCAAUACUAGGGGGAGCAACCCCUAUAGCAAUACUUACGACCUAGGGUGACGAAGUCAUCCAAAUUUCUCUUGAUCAUCUCCGACCAAUCCAAGACCCCCGGUUUCCAAGGACCAACAGGAAAUUACCAACCAAGGCCUAUUUCAUUCAACAAAGGCCGCAAUUCCAAGGCUCUAACUUCCAACAACCAUUUCAAGCUCAAGGAGGUCAAGGUUUCCAACAACCCGAUAAGUUUGCAAAACUUGGAGACCUUGUGACCAUGAGAAGUCAACAGUUUGAGAAGAUUGAGCAAUUUAUGGAUGUGGCAACAACAAAGUUUACCUCGGUCUAGGAGGGGUUAAGGAGCCAUCAAGCAAGCCUACAAAACUUGGAGGUGCAAAUUGGCAAUCUUGCCGAGAUCAUCACCGAGAGGCCAAGGGGAUCCCUACCCUCUCAAACCAUAGUUAACCCCAAAGGCCAAAAUGUCAGGUGCAAUGCAAUUCUCUUGAGGAGUGGUAAGGUUACCCCGGAGGUUGUUCCUAAGGAAGUGAACAAAGAAUAGAAGACCCCUCCAUCGACCAAUGAUCCCGAAGAAUUGGAAGAAAAGAAAGAAGAGCCUAAGAAGGCAUUGCCGACGCCACCACAAGUGGCUGAGGAAAAGCCUCAUCUUCCUUUCCCCACAAGGAUGCACAAGGACCGAUUGGAGGCGGAAUGUGGAGGAUUCAUGGAGAUGCUCAGGAAAAUACACAUACCCAUUCCAAUCGUGGUGACCAUGGGGCAUAUGCCGAGGUACGCCAAAUACCUCAAAGGGCUUCUCGCCAAGAAACCAAAAUAUGAAGACCUCGCCAAAGUCACCUUGUGAGAGGAGUUCUCCGCCUUUAUCCUCAACAAGUUGCCUAAAAAGCAACCGGAUCCAGGAAGUUUCACUAUCCCCCUUUGCAUUGGAAAUCAUCAUAUAGAAAAAUUCUUGGCAGGCUUAGGAGAAAGCUUUAAUGUGAUGCCUUACAAGCUUUUUAAGAAGUUGCAUCUGGGUGAAUUGAAGCCCACUUGACUUAGUGUCACAUUGGUCGUUCGCUUUGUCAUUAGUCCUAGGGGUAUUGUGGAGGAUGUCCUACUGAGAGUUGUCAAUUUCUAUUAUUCGACGGAUUUUAUUAUCCUCGACAUCAAUGAAGAUGCUAAUAUGCC